CACCCAAACUUUAUUUUUGGGUGGGAAGUAAGUGGGAAAAGUCCACCAAACUGCUGGGACGCGGUAAAAUAACCGCCGCUCUCCACUUCUCUCGCCGACUCACGGGGUGUAAUGAAUGUGAAUUGCUAUAUUACAUUACCCCGAGAGGCUUUUAUGGCGACGACUGGGCUAUAUAGCUAUAGCUGCUGCUCGAAGGAGACGAAAACAAAAAUGUUAGAGUUAAACUUAUACGACUUAGGGGUGUCUGGUUUGUGUGGACGACGAACGUGUCGCCGGGUGCAAUAAAUAAAUCAUCGGGGGUGAUUGAAAUGAAUGAGUUUCACUUGGUGUUGAUCGCUGAAACUUCCCGCGGCAAAUAGGAUCAAAUACAAGGCCGCGAUGGAAUAUUCAUUUUGUACACGCUGAGUUGUCGGUUGUUUUCUACUUUGGGUCGGCGGGAUUGAUGUGGCGACAAGCGCUCCCCCUAUUUCAAAAAUGUAGCCUAGACUCCGACGACUAGAAUUAGUGUCAAACCAGUUGGCAAAAAGUCUGGCGCCCAAGCACGUUAGAUCCCAACCGCCCGUCUUAUGAUGAUGAUGGAUGGCAGUCUCUGCUACUGGCCUGGAAUUAAUCGCUUCUUCUAUUUUUCUUGGAUGUUGUUACUUCUAAUUAUUUCCCUGCUAAGCUGUCAGCUUGGAGCCUCCGCUGCUUUAUCGCAGGCGCGUAACGUGCUUUUGAUCAUCGCUGAUGAUGGCGGAUUUGAAAUGGGCGUUUAUGGAAAUAACCGGUGCCAAACGCCCCAUUUGGAUGCGCUGGCCGCCCAAAGUUUGGUGUUCUCCCGAGCACGGACUUCGGUGAGUAGUUGCUCUCCCAGUCGGGCUGCUUUGUUGACUGGACUUCCGAGUCAUGAAAAUGGAUUAUACGGACUGCACCACGACGUCCAUCAUUACAACUCUUUCGAGAAUGUUCGGUCACUUCCGACAAUCCUUCGGGAGAACGGAGUUCGUACUGGCAUUAUAGGGAAGAAGCAUGUCGGUCCCGGAUCAGCCUACACUUUCGAUUACGAGCAGACGGAAGAGAAUAAUUCCAUCAUGCAGGUUGGACGGAAUAUAACCCGAAUUAAGUUGCUCGUCAGGGAAUUCCUCGAGCAGCAAAAUGAGACCCAGCCUUUCCUCCUCUAUGUGGCCUUCCACGAUCCUCACAGGUGUGAUCACGAGAAUCCAUUUUACGGCCAUUUCUGCGACAAGUUUGGCAAUGGAGAGCCUGGCUACGGUCACAUUGCAGACUGGAAGCCGAUUCGAUACAAACCGGAAGAUGUCUUACUGCCGUAUUUCGUUCCUAACACUGCGGCGGCUCGAGAGGACAUAGCGUCGCAGUACACCACAAUUUCGAGACUUGAUCAAGGUGUCGGCCUGGUGCUUGAAGAGCUCCGAAAAGCCGGCAAGGCUGACGACACUUUGAUCAUCUUUUCGUCGGAUAACGGUAUCUCAUUUCCCAAUGGCAGGACUAACAUGUAUGAACCGGGAUUGGCCGUUCCAAUGUUCAUCAAGUCUCCAGACGACGAGUCAAGACGAGGUGAAAUGACGGACAUCCAAGCCAAUUUACUGGAUAUAGUACCCACCGUUUUGAACUGGUUUGACAUCGAUUAUCCCAAAUAUCAUAUUCUGAAACCAAAUCAACCGAUCCGCCUUACUGGAAAGUCGCUUUUGCCACUUUUGAGCGGCGAAAACGGUAUAAAGAGCGACACAUUCUACGGCAGUCACGUAACGCACGAGAUAACAAUGAAUUACCCAAUGAGAACCAUCAUCCAAGAAGAGCGCUACAAAUUAAUUCACAAUUUAAAUGCGCCCGGUACUCCGUUUCCCAUCGACCAGGAUUUUUACUUAUCGCCAACCUUCCUGGACAUGCUAAAUCGAACACUGAAUGGGCGCCCUCUACGCUGGAUCAAAGAACUGAAAGAUUACUAUUUUCGCGAGGAAUGGGAAAUGUUUGAUCUCAAAACGGACCCGAAAGAAUGCGUAAAUGUACAUCGCAAAAAGAAAUACAAGGAGAAGUUCUUCGAACUGAAGGAAAAGCUGUUUCAGUGGCAAAAAUCUACUUACGAUCCAUGGUUAUGUGCUCCACAUGGAGUACUUUUGGAGAAUGCGGAAGGCCCUUUCUGUGCACCGCUGCACAAUCGGAAGUACUUCAAAGAACUUUAAAGCGAGCACUUCCUCGAGGUUUUAUGAGUGAUAUUAUAACUACUACCAUUAGUCGAUAAAUCCUGAUGUCAAUUUUUAAAGCAAGCGCAAUAAAGUUUGAAUCGGAAAAUAACAAAGUAUAGCAGACCAGUGUUUUUAUUCCAAUUAAAGUGAUAUUUAUUUUUAAUGUCCACAUUAAUGCUUAAGAGAUUCAAAAAAAAAAAGAAAAGAAACCAAGAAGCCUAUUUGACAAAUAUAACCAACUAUUCCGAGAAAUUGUACGGUAGUUGUUGAAGUGAA